UACGUUGUUUAAUAUUUCUGAUUAUUAUAACAAAAUUACAAAUAUUAUCUACAUGUAUAUAUUUCUCUCUUUACUCAUUUUCUCUUGAAGACUAUUCGUUAUAAACAAAACCAUGUAUCAGACUUUGAUAGAAAAAUAUAUACCAAGCUUUAUGAUGACAAUUUGUUGCCGUUGACAACGCGUGACGUUUCAUUAGGGUUAUAGAGUUUUAUGUUUAGAGUAAAUGAAAAUAACACGUAUAACACGUAUAACACGUAUGUCUUCUAAAUGAAUGCAAUUUGAAAUCUCGUUGCGAAAGAAAACAACAAAAAAUUACGAUGAGUUCAAUAUUUGGUGGCGAGAGUGGUGACAAUAAUGUGAACGUUAUUAUUUUUGAUGCGUCAAAGAAUGGUAGAAAAUUAAAUGAGGAAUUCAAGAUACUACAAAGAAAGUUAAAACCGAAAUGGAAAUUUAUCGAAAACAACGAUACCAUCACCGAAGAAUCACUGGCAAGUGGCAAGGUAUUGGUACUUCCAGGGCCAAAAAAUAAAUUUACUGAAAUAGAAAUGAACACUAUUCGGAAUUUCGUCAACGCUGGUGGUAAAGUUUUGGUGAUGUUAGGUGAAGGUGGCGAAAACAAAUCAAACACGAAUAUUAAUUUUUUAAUAGAAGAAUUUGGAGUAAUGGUGAACAAUGACAGUGUACUACGUAUGAGCUAUAAUCAAAUGUUACAUCCGAAAGAGUGUCUUGUUUCUCAAGGCUUGUCGAACAAAUCAACAUUUUUGAAGAACCACAACGAAUAUUCAAAUAUCAAUUUCCUAUAUCCAUACGGUGCAACAUUGAACGUGGUGCGACCAUCAAUGGUCGCUUUGUCGAGCGGCUCGAUUGCUAUUCCAAUGAAUAGACCUAUAUGCGCUUAUUAUUCUGGUAAAAAUGAAUCUGGUAAAUUGGUCGUUUUGGGCUCAGCUAGGAUGUUUACAGAUGCCUACAUCGAAAAGGAGAAAAAUAGUGUCUUGCAAGAAAUGAUUUUUGAUUUCUUUGAUUCAAACGAUACCACUGAGAAGGAUUUUCAGCCGGAUGAUGUCGAUUUUUGGGAAUACAAUUUCGUACCAGAUAUAACACAACAAGCAGAUAAUCCAAAAGUUUGUACACAAGAUCUUGAUAAUAUCGACAUUCCGCGAGAAUAUAUGAAAUUGUUUAAGCAUCACUUUUACUCAAUUAAUUUGAAUAUGGUGCCAGCUGCUAUAAAUGCAUAUGAAACUUUGGGAAUAAAACAUAAACCAUUGAGCUUAAUACCACCUAAUUUUGAGGCACCUCUGCCACCCACCCAAGCAUCGGUCUUUCCACCAAGCUUUCAAGAAUUACCACCACCAGCAUUGGAAUUAUUUGACUUGGAUGAAGCAUUUAGCUCUGACUUAUUAAAAUUAUCUCAAUUGACAAAUAAAUAUAUGUCGACGAAGGAUUUAUCAAAUGACGUUGAAUUAGAUCAUUAUAUUAGAGAAUUUGGAAGUAUAUUAAGGAUAAGUAAUUCAGAUACUCAUACUGCCAAUGAAGUAUUGAAUCAUGUUUUCCAAAAAAUUUGUAGCUAUAAAACUAUACAAGAUAGAAAUGAAUAUUCUUAAAGAAAGUACGAAUAAAAAAGCAAAAAUUAGUUGCAUGUAAUAUAGAAGGAUUUUCUUGAUACGUACCGCAUCUACAUUUAUAUUAGAUUUCUAGAUAUUACAUUUAGAUACAUACAUAAGUAUAUCGAAUAACAAUCGAAACAAUGAAGGUAUUCGAUGCUGCCGGCUUUUGUCUUGUCAACUACACAAUGCAUAUGCAUAUCUGCUGCUGCCCUGCCUGCUGCUGCUGCUGCUGCUGCUGCUGUGUAUCAUAUGUGUAUCUUUCAGGCAAUUUGUUGUUACGCAAUUUUGUCCCAAACAAAUGAAAGAUUGGCUGUUGCUUUUUGACUAUACGUUAAAAGCCUUAUAUUAUCUAUUACCUUUUUUAUUUUAUAUAUAGUAUACAAAUGGUGUUACGAGGUGAAAAAAA